CUGAGGACUAUUUUACAUGAGGGCGCUCGGCAGAAGUUUAAAGGUAAAAAUCAAUAAAAAUGGCUCUUCAGAACUGUGCAAGAUUGGGGUUGGUGUCUUCAUUUACAAGAAGCUUCUCAUCAUUGGUGCAGAAAGGACAUAGCCAUGUUCACACUAGAGCUCUACCGGCUUGUUUCUCUCUCAAGGGACGACAGAGUCCAAGUGUGAACAGGGUAUACAAAGUGCAGGGUCAUCCUUUCAGUACAUCGUGUUGUCUUGACGUCAGUGUCCAACAACCGGCACCUAGUUUUAGCGGGAAAGCAGUGGUGAACGGAGACUUCAAAACGGUUAAGCUUGAAGACUACCGAGGAAAGUACCUGGUGCUCUUCUUUUACCCACUAGACUUCACCUUUGUUUGUCCGACCGAGAUCAUUGCAUUCAGUGAGCGUGCUAGCGAGUUUACAGAUCUCAAUACCGUCGUCAUGGGUGUGUCCGUAGAUUCACAUUUCAGCCAUCUUGCCUGGAUCAACACCCCAAGAAAGGAAGGUGGGCUUGGGAAGAUGAAUAUCCCACUCCUUAGUGAUUUCCAAAAGCAGAUCUCUAAGGAUUAUGGCGUCUUACUGGAAGAGGAAGGAGUUGCAUUGAGAGGGCUAUUUCUCAUUGACCCAGAGGGGAUUGUACGCCACAUGAGCGUGAACGACCUUCCAGUUGGACGGUCAGUGGAUGAAACUUUACGAUUGGUCAAAGCGUUUCAGUUUGUAGCCGAGCAUGGUGAGGUUUGCCCAGCAGGCUGGACGCCAGACUCCGCUACGAUCAAGCCAGACCCCAAAGGAUCCAAGACCUACUUUGAGGCAGUCAACGAGUAAAGAAAAAGUGGUUUUCUUCUAUCAUUAUCCAGAUAUUAUCUCUAAAAUAUAAAAAAAAAACAUAAAAUCUUACUUGGUAACGAGCA